UUUCCCGGACCUUUCUGUUCCUGCACCGUCGAAGUUCCUCUGAAACCGGGCCAUGUACCGCCCGGACCGACCCCCCCGCGGUCCCCGGCCGCGGUUCGGCCCCCCGCCGCCCCGCGGCCCCGGCCUCGGUCCCGGACCCAGACCCGGCCCCGGAGCGCCGUACCCGGGGAGCCACUACAGCCCCCGCGGAUUCAUCAGACCCCACUGUAGCAACUUCUCCAUAGACCGUAGUACAGUGAUUGCUUUGGGAGGCAGCCAGCAGAUUGUCCCUCCUGCAGGGUCACCUCACCUGCAGGUCCCACAGUGGACCCCCUCUUCUGUGGACCGGCGCCACCCAGACAACAGUGACCGAGCUGGCGAGGAGUUCCUGAGAUGCAUCGCAGCCAACAAGCCCCUCCCGGAUUAUCUCAAGGGCAACAUGGCGUACAACCUGGUCGAUGCAUAUAAGUCUGCAAGUGAGCUCAAAGACGCGGUGAAAUCAGACCCACAGCUGCAGAAGCACCUGGUCAGACGCAAGAGCCGCAGUCGAAGCCGGAGUUGCGGUCGGGCUCGAGCCAAGAGUCGUGCCAGAAGCAAAAGCCGAGCACGCAGCCGAAGCAGAGAAAGGAGCAAAAGUCGUGGUCGUGGCAAGAGUCGGGCCAAAAGCAGAACCAGGGCUCACAGUAGGAGCAGCAGUCGAAGCCAGAGCAGAGACAGGAAGAGCCGGGCUCGGAGCAAGAGCCGGGCUCGGAGCAAGAGCCGGGCUCGGAGCAAGAGCCGGGCUCGGAGCAAGAGCCGGGCUCGGAGCAAGAGCCGGGCUCGGAGCAAGAGCCGGGUCAGGAGAUCCGAGUCAGGAAGCAGCAGUGGCGAGAGGAGCCACGGUAAGGACAGGAAGAGGAAGAGGAGCCCUGAACACGGCGGCAUGAGUGGCAGUAGUCUGUUAGAGGGACUGAAGAUGGUGAUCAGCAGCAAAGACCUGGAAGGCCGCUUACCUGCUCUCAAGGACGCCAUCCUGACUAUCCAGGCCUCAGAUGAAAGCAGAGUUGUGGAGACCAGCUCUGAUGGGGAAACUCACCAGCGGCACGGCGGCCAGGACGUUUCCAUGUCGCUGGAGAAUGACAGCAUGCUGCUUCCUCACGAGAGGGUGGGAAGCGACUUCUCCUGGCUCCAAGAGAUGAGCCAGGAGGACAUCUUGGCACAGAAAGCCAAUGAGCUGGAGGAUGAGGAGUCCUUCUUGUAUGGGACAGAAAUGGUUUCCCAGGUUGCAGAGUAUGGCAAAAAGCAGCAAGCGGGCAUUCAACAAAACCCGUCCCUGUUUGCCGGCUUUGAUCCCAAACAGGCUCUCACAGCUUCAGCUGCACUGGCCUCCUUGGGCUUCGACAGCCUGCAGUGUGAGAAACUCAAGAGCAUGUUGAGUAGCCUGGACGCUUCGCCAGAUGCAGGAAAGCACACGGCGAGGACGGCGGGGCAGCAGGAGGGUGGCGAGCCUGCCGCAUGUGUCAGCUCUGUCACGGCGGUGGCAUCGCUAAGCAACCCCAACGUGAGGAAAGCUCUGGAGUCCCUGCAGUCUCUCAUCAAAGCGACAAAGGAGAAACGGACGAAAAGUGAUGGACUGCCUCUAAUGUCCUCCGACAAACAGAAGGCAGGUGAUGCCGAAGAAAGGAAAAGAGAGAAACAUAACAAAAUAAAUCAAAUGCAGUCCCUGGCGAAAGAGUUGGACGAGUUAUUAAAGCAGGAUGGACUGUCCUUCAUGUCGGCAGUCAUGGGAUUCUACUGUCAGAAGUGUGAGGAGUUCAUUGCUGACUUGAACUCUGUAGAAAACCACGCAGCCAUCCACGUCCGCAGUAACUCCAACAGUAAAGAGCAGCUGGAGCACGCUAAAGAUGGUAAAGGACACCUGCAGCUCCACAGCACCAGCAGGAACCAGCCUCAGUCCUCUCAGUCCUCUCAUUCCUCCGGGAGGAGAGAAAGUUCUCACAGCAACUGCAGAGAAUUCCAACAGAGCUGGACGAACGAGAAAAAUCACCAAAACACGCAACGCGACGACGGCCUCGGAGUCCGCAGGGACCGGCAGGGAAACAUCUGCCUGAAAGACGAGAUGAAGAAGGAGACAAUGCUCAUAACCGUGUCCCGAGGACUCUUUGCUCCUCCAACCAUCAGGGUGAAGGAGGAGGUGAAGGAGGACUACGGCAAGGUCGGAGGAGGAGACGUGGACGGCAAGAACAAAUCCUCGAAGAGCAGCAGAGAUGCCAAGACAGAAGAAGAUGACAGCAGUGACAGCAGCGAUGACGACAAAUCACCAAAAUCAAAACAUCAGAAGAAGAGGAAGAAGAAGGAGAAAAAGAAGAAGAAGGAGAAAAAGAAGAAGAAAGAAAAGUGAGAUGAGUCUUGAGUGGUGUCAGUUUCCACAGGACCGUGUUGGCGCCCCGGAUUGUCAUCUUUUAGACCUUAGUUUUAUCGUUAUUCUCCAGUUUUGUUGUGUUGCUCGUGUGGUCAGCAGCUGCAGCUCGGCUUCAGAAAGUCCCCGUCAUGACAUCACAUCCACUUCUAGUCGCUCACACGCAGACAUGACUUCUAAACAUAGUCAAGACUUGAAUAUUUGGAGGUAAAUUUCCACCGGUGACCGAGCUGCUUUCAGUCUCUGAACCUGAAUUUCGUCCCGGACGGGUCUCGGACGGGUCCCGGACGAGUCCCGGACGAUACCCGGACGAUACCCGGACGAGUCCCCGACGGGUCCCCGACGGGUCCCGGACGGGUCCCGGACGGGUCCCGGACGGGUCCCGGACGGGUCCCGGACGGGUCCCGGAACUGCUCGCGUGGAGACGGAAGUGAUGCAAAUGAUCUCGUCUCGCUUUUGGUAAGUAGGCCGACUGGUGCGCUUUCACGCGGGAACACGAUGCUGUCCGACACGCCUGACGCGCGCCUUCCUCGUUUCUUCUGCUGGUUGGUAGGAAAGACGCAGGGACUUCUCUUUGUUUACAUCACCACCUGCAUAUAUCGUGUUUUUCCAGGACCAACAGCAUCGUAGAGUUAGAAGUGUUUCUAUGUUUGAUUUCUUCUUCCUUGUCUCCGUUUGACCUGAAGUGCACGGACUCUACCCUGUGAUGACGCUGUUGAUCAAGAUGCAGAAAUGUGUACAUUUGAAUAAAAUGUGU